AUGUUUGCUGUUCCUGAGGUCGACGACGAUAUUGAUAGUUCAACUCCGAUAGAACCUAAACAGUCGACUACGUUGCCUGAAGCAACAAACAAAUCUCUUUCAUCAUCGUCACCACCACUUCCUUCAGUUGAAAAUGUAGAAAAAAAUUUAAAUAAAAUGUCAGUUCCACCACCGUCAGUACCACCACCAUCAGCACCAGUUACUGCCAAACAACAUCGUUCACGUCGAAGUCUUUUUCAUCGCAAUACAAUUCAUAUAUGUGAUCAAAUUGUUGACCGAGUUACAGCACAUCAACAACAUCAUUCAGCUCCACCACAACAAAAUCAAGCAUCAAAAACAGGUUUACAAUCUAUAAAUGAAAAUCUCGAAUAUUUACCUACGAAUGGAACAAACGAACAACAGCAACAACAACAACAACAACAACAACAAGAUAUAACAAAUUCUCGUUUUCCUCGUUCAAGUACAGUUCCUUAUCCAGCUUACGCAACAUUAAGAAAAGGUGGAGGAAAUCGUGUUCCUUCACAUUAUUAUUAUACGGAUUAUCCAACAUUUAUUCACGGAACGGUUUCACCUGCCCAAGCACAUACCUAUUUCAAUACACGUCAACCAUUAUCAUCAAUAAAUACGAAUUUUCAACCAAUAUCACCGCAUCAUCAACAAUAUACUCAGCGACCUGUGGAUGUUCUUAAACCAACAUUUUUAAUUGUAUCAAAAGAAGCUGAACAACAAUUAACAUCUCAACUUUCAACUUCAACUUCACCUAUACCACCAAUAGGAUCUACUACAAUAAAAUCAUCAUCAUCAAAACCAAUGAUGAAAAAAUCGGAUACAAAAACACAGGAAAAAACAACUACCGUUACGGAUCAAUCAUCACCUACUUCACGAAAUGUCGAAGUUCAAACAAAUAAUGAUUCACCAACUCGAACAAUGUCAACAGGAAUACCAAAUAUAGAUAAUACCCAUCAACAUAUUGGCCUUAUUGCUGCUACACCUAAUCCAUCACCAUAUGUUCAUUUUGUUAAUGUAGCUUAUUCAACACAAUCUCCACAAUUUUUCCAAGAUGGUCCACCAGAAACAUCUAUCAUGCAAGAUGAAUUUAUUAAUAUCAAUGAUUAUCAUCAUCCAUCGGCUAGUAUUCGAUCAAUGCCAAAUAUUGCCUUGGCACAAGUCUCGCCUCAUCAUUUAUAUGGCUCGCCUACUUUACAACACUAUCAUCUUUCGCAACAAAUAUAUGACGAACAACAACAACAACAACAGCAACAACAGCAGCAGCAACAACAAGCACCGUUAACAAGUACGGAAUCAACGGGUGUUCGAUCAGCAACAGGACCUCAAAUGGGACCAACAUCAAAAACUAUACGUGCUGAAAUAGGAGAAACAGAUGAAUCAAGUUUAGCAUCACUUGAUUUUGCUCAUACUGAUUUCAUUGAUAUGCCUGGUUCAUGGAAAUAUCGAUCAUUACCAGAUGGACGUUCAGUACCUGUAACAGCAGGAGGAAGACGUUAUCGUGCACCAAUACCUCAAUCAUUUCUUGAUUUUCAACAAUAUGCCAGUGAUUCCGAACAAGUUGUACGUUCAUCUAGUUUUCGUCAUAAUCAAUUACAACAACAACCUUUAAUUCAAGUACGUCAAUUUGGUUCUAUACCAACAAUUAAUAGACCAUUUGAUUCAAUUCGAAGUCAACCAGGAGUUCAAUUUGGUCCAACAAUACGUUUAAAUGAAAAAGAUAUUUUAAAAAUUGGAUCAUUCUAUCAAAGUAUAGGUACACUUGUAUAUGUUGCUCGUAGUAUUGCUACAUUAUAUACAUCAGAUUUUGAUGCAAUGGCUAAUUUAAAAGAUUGGAAAGUACUUUAUACAGGUGUACCUAUAUGGCUUUUUAAUACGGGUAUGAAUCCUAAAAGAACUCGUUGUAUUCGUUUAAUAAUAUCUGAGCUUGGUUCAAGUUUUACACUUUGGGAUACAAUUGUUAAUGGCGCAUCCGAUGUUCGUUUACCGAAAGCACGUCAUAUAACAUUAAAAUCACUUGAAACAGGUACAAUACUUGCAUUAAAAUUUGAUGAUACAAAUGCAACAGAUGAAUUUCAUCAAUAUUUUGUUAAAUUAUCAUGUGAUCCACGUAAUGCGGAUUUAUUUGAUAUAUUCAAUGCAAAACGUCGUCGACCUGUUUUUAUUUUACGUAAGAAGAAAAUAAAAAAAUCUGCUAUAUCCAAACCAUCGGAAUUCAAUCAUAUAACCAAAGUAGAUGAACAUGAUAAAGACUCAUUAUAUACUUAUUCGGUGCUUGUCGAUGAUGGAGCUCUUGUUGGUUAA